AGAUUGGGUGCCGGCGAUCCUACUGUUCUUUGGGGUCCCAGAGGCUGCCCAGCCCCGCUCGGACACUCGUCUGUCCUCUCCUGGUCUUCAUGGCUUCUCCGGAUGACCCUCUGCGCUCAGAUCACAUAAAGGAGCCGGUGGAGGACACAGACCCCAGCACUUUAUCCUUUGCUAUGUCAGACAAGUAUCCCAUUCAAGACACCGGCCUCCCUAAAGCCAAGGAGUGUGAUACAGUCACUUCCAGCUGCCCACCAAAUUCUGAUGAUCAACAUCAGGGAGAAGAAAACAACUUUGUAGACAGCACUGGAGAUCCCCUUUCAGGUGUCGGUAAAAACCAGCCAUGUAAGGAAGGCUGCUCUUGCUCCUCCUGUUCACCUCGGGUCCCCACCAUCAGCGACUUGCUUAAUGAUCAGGACUUGCUAGAUGUGAUCAGGAUAAAGCUGGAUCCAUGUCACCCGACCGUGAAGAACUGGAGGAAUUUUGCCAGCAAAUGGGGCAUGCCCUAUGACGAACUGUGCUUCCUGGAACAGAGGCCCCAGAGUCCCACACUGGCGUUCUUAUUCCGAAACAGCCAGAGGACUGUGGUCCAACUGAUGGAGCUCUGCCGACUUUACCACAGAGUUGAUGUGGAGAAGAUCCUGCGCAGGUGGGUGGAUGAGGAGUGGCCCCACCGGGGACACUCGGACAGUUCCAUGCACUUCUAGAAUCCCCUUCUGGCAUUGGCCUUUCUGCUUGCUGGACCAGCACACAUCACAGGGGAUAUGUACCUGCUCUUGAGAUUUUCAGAUGAGGAUGUGGAAAGCUGGUGGCGUGUGGAAGGAUAGGUUCUGUUUCGGUGGCAGGUAUUUGUUUCUUUUUGCACAUCUGUUUUAAUUUAAUAUUUGAACCUGGAAUUGGGGAAGAAUAUUUUGUAGAUCACAUAGAGCCAAAGCCUAUGGUUGGGACAGAACCAUGCCAGCAUGGAAAGAAAACGACCCUCUCCUUAGGCAUUGCUAAAGAUUGCAGCAGGAUCCCAAACUGUUGAUGUCUCUGGACAUGUCCAUGUCAUCCUAUGCAGAACCCUUGCAUUCCUAGCCUCGCAGAAGAUGGCACAGAGAAGUCACCCUGGCCUGUUCACUGUUAUUAUUUCUGUUGCAAAAAGUUUAGAAGAUCAAGAUGACACUGUAUGAUGGGGCCAUCUUUUUUAUUCAAACACUUUUGUAAUCUAUGGGCUAGUAGUGCUGUCACUGGAUUUAGUAUUUUUAAAAGAAAUACAAACUUUCUGGUUUGUAGAGCAGUAGAAUGGGUUGGUGUCAUGGGAAUGGCAUUGAUAAAGAAUAGUACUUAAUAUUCCCUCUUGGGGGCUGGGGAGAUGCUCAGUGGUUAAAGUGCUCACUGCACAAACAUGAAGACCAGGGUUCAGGUCCCCAGAACCCAUAGAAUGAGGAGAUGUUGUGGCACCAAUGAUUUCAGUGCUCAGAAGGGAGAGACAGGGAUCCUCAGACAGAGCAACCUGCCUAACUAGGACUAGUCAAACGGGUAAGCUCUGGGAUCAACUGAGAGACUCUUUUUCAAUGCACAAUGUAGAGAUCAAUUGAAGAAAAAAUUUAACGUCAGCUAAAUUUUGGGACUCUGUAUACACACAUGCACAUGUACAUCUGCAUGCAUACACAUGCAACAACAACGCACACACAAAUCUUUCUAAAUGCUAUUUGGGGAGGCCGAGAACAUGGGUC